AAUUAUUCUGGUUUUGUUACUACUAGUAAUAGCACUUUAUAAUUAAAUAAAACGUCAUGUUAGCUUAAUCUACUGUUGUUAAAUGACUAUUUACUAAUAUGGUUAUAUUUUAAUAAACUUUUAUAAAUCAAAUGCCAAAGAUAUUUGUAAUUAAUCAUUGAAAUUAAUGAUAAAAUUUUCAUCAAAUGAAUCGGUUAAAAGAAAAUGGUAAAUAUGCAUUUCUUGCAGGUUUUUGUGGGGCGACAGGUAGUUUAUUUGGUAAACUGUCAGGAGGGUACUAUGAAUAUGAGAAUGCAUGGAUUUUGAAUAUAAGUUGUUUUAUAACUAUGAUAUUAUUUAAUUCAACAUAUUUUUACAUAUUUUUAAAAGCUUUACAAGCUUCUGAUUCAUCAUUACGAGCAACUUUAUUGAUAUCAACAUCGAAUUAUUUAAUAUCGGCAUUGUUUGGCGUGUUAAUUUUUGAUGAAGGUAAUAAAUUACUAUGGGUAUGCGGUAUAACAAUGUUACUGAUUGGAUUAGUACUUUUACAAGAAGAAAAAUCUAAGUUGAAAUCUAAUUAA